AUGUUCACGUUGGCCAUAUACACUGGAUCGUUGAUCUCGACGUGUUUGAUGCCUGAGUUGAGACACAGUAUACAUUGUUUUGGAAGAGACACGUACUUUCCCCUGGCUUUCGGUGUUCUCAGCAUUAUAAUGUUGACUUCUACAGUGAUACUCGUUUGUGGAAAAAACAUGUACGUGAAGAAAAAACCAGAAAAUAACAUCUUAACCAGAAUAUUCGGUUGUAUUUUUGGAAACACAACUGAGAUACCAUCUGGCCAAGGGCGGAUAUAUAUCUAUAACGGAUUCGAUUGCAAUGUGUUCGUACAAUCAAAGUCGUUACACGUACAACAUCAAAUCGGUCCACUCGAUAUGUUCAACGUCAGUCAUACAGUCGCUACUCAGAAUGUCUCAGGAGACGUCGGGGUCGUCGGAAUCACAAUAGGUUUCGAAACAAAGUGCAGUUUUGUGUCAGACAAUUACGAGUUCAAUACCACUCUAACAAUAAUCAAAGGAAAAGAGAUUUCUUAUCAUUUGACCCGAUUAAAUCCAAACAUAAUUGCAUUAAAUCGUGUUGGUAUUCAUGACAAUUUAGUCAAAGAAAAGUUUGGGAACCCAAAUUUAAGAAUUUUGGUCGAUCACACUUUUGAUUAUAACGAUAAUAUUACAUUGGCCGAUGUAGAUCACAACUCGUUUACUUCAUACUCUCUAUCAUUGUUCCGAGGGAUGAACUUUAAUGCCAUAAAGACUGGGAAAUAUAAUGUAUUUUAUAACGGAAUUAUGUUGCCCACUCCAACUAUGGACAUAAUACCAGCAGCGUUUUACACAAUUACAUUACAACGAAAUGGUAACUUUAUAGGGAACUUAUUCUGCGGGUUGUAA